AGGUGAGAGAGUACGGGAGGCCCACCGAUCCCGGCUGGGCUUUAACAAUUUAGCGGCGAGGGGCCACCAGGAGGACGAGUUCGGUUGUUUUUGGGGGGCAUCACCACCACGACCACCAGCCCCCCCAAAACGCGGGUUGCCGCCAGGCCUCGGCGACGAGAGAAAGGGACAGAAGCACCCUCGAGCUGGACAUCAACGCAGGCGAGAUUCUACGAAGUUUGGCGGAUCGUAGGAACCAAGCACACUUAACUCGGAUCGAGUCGAGUUCCAAAUUUAAUGUAUACUAAGUAAAUUUGUAUUUCAUACUACAAUCACUUACAUUACAUGAACGAUCGGCAUUGAUAACGACUGCCUCAUUUACAAGCCUGUAAAUGAGGCAUCGCGCAAUGCAAUUAUCGCAGACAACGCAAGCCCUGCGGGACUCCAUUGUCAUUUUUUGAAGACGAGCAACUCAAUGGACGACGAGGUGGGCGCCUUUGUGCCCAGCCUGCCGUGGCAUGGGACCGCCACGCUUGGUGAUGGCAGUCGGACACCGGGGGAGAGCGAUGGGCGGCUGUCUCUCGGAGAGAUGGCUUGCCACUGCUGCUAUGAGCUGCUUCUCGACCCAACCACGCUGACAUGCGGACACAGCUUCUGCCGCCACUGCUUGGCGCUCUGGUGGAACUCCUCGCGCCGUGCGGAAUGCCCUGAGUGCAGGCAGAUGUGGCAAGGAUUUCCCCGGACAAACAUCGUGCUGCGAGGCGCGAUAGAGAAGUUGUUUCCCGAGCAGCUCUGGCACAGACAGCAGGAGGUGCUGAGCAACGGCAAGACGGCACAGACCCUGGCGGCGUUUGAACAGCAGGGCCUGGAGCAGAUCAGCGCCGCCAACGGGCGUCCGGCGGUUCUUCGCCAGGGCACCGCACGCAGUUUCUUCUCAGGCGUUCUCACGGCGCUCACCUGCGUCGCGGUGAUGCUGCUGGUGUACCACUGGAGCAGCGGAGACACGGGCGAGGAGAUGCUUGUUCACAAGUCUCUGAGCAAGUGGACGAGCAGUGACGUGGGGCUAUGGCUGGAGCAGUUGGGAAGCUGGACUGUACCAUACCGGGAAACUUUCCAACAAGAGGGCGUGAAUGGCAGGCUUCUAUUGAGCCUCACGGAAGAGGAGCUCAACCUGCCACCGUACGGUAUAGAGAAGCCGGCUCAUCGCAAAGCUCUCAUCACAGCCCUGGAUAGCAUGAUAUCUCUGGGAGUCAAGCCCCCACACAAUCUGUGGGAGUACAAGGCAAUGCAUGCAGGAAAGUCUCUCUUCCUCCUCUUUUUGUUGAAAAGUUCACCUCGCCUUGCCAUCUUCUACCUUUACCUGUUUGACUACACCGACCUCUUCUUGCCGCUCAUCCACACGUGCUGCCCCGGCCGCGUGCAUGAGGAGGAGGCUGAGCUCUUUCGCGGUGGCUGGCCUGACAGUCCGAGCUGGGAGCAGUGGGCCGAGUUCCUACCCAAGGCGAUGGUGAUGCCCUACGUGCUGGUGGGGCGGUUCGCCUGGGAGUGGCUGGAGGUGCACUACUGGACGGCUCGCUUCGUUGUUAUCAAUGCAGCUCUGCUCACGCUGCUGGAAAUCUUCGCGAUCAAACGCUUCUGUCUGCAAGGGGAGAUCCGACGGUUGCCCCGGACCCUUUGGAACGACUUCUGUCGUCUCUUCUCACAGGGCGCCAUGGUCACCAUUUUCUGGCCGGUGCUGCCACAGUUUGUGUGUGACUGUCUCUUCUACUGGGCGUUGUACUUCAACCCAAUCAUAAACCUGGAUCAGGUCACCAAGGAAGUCCGCCGUAUCUUCACGCAGGAAGCGUGAAUGCUGGUCGGUAGAUGAGAGUGAUAAAACUUAGGGAGUCUUUGCCAAGGAUGCAGUCUGGGGGAUUGUUUAAUUGUAGGUAAAUGAGCAAGAACAACAUUAUUUUGGAAGUGCGUGGUUGGCUCUAGCUGUAUAGCACCAUGGUAAAAUGGGAAAGGAUGGGGCUGCCUCCCCAAACAUUUGUGGAUUUGCACUGCUUCAGACCGUGCUUGAGAUGGGGAAAUCCCCACAAUGGUGGGUGCAAAGCAUGCAGCCGUUGUAUGAUGAGAUCUUUUACAAAAAAAUAUUCAAAUACAGAUGAUUUACAAAAAAAUGUGAAACGCAUUGAUUGUGUUUUAUUUUGUGCAAAAAUGUAAAAAAUAAUAUUUUGUUUUUCUUUGAGCUGACAUUUUCCAAAGAUGUAAUGACAAUAAGGUAUAUCAAGAUUAUGAUCAACAUAAACUUAGGAAGAUGUGAUCUUUUUAUACGUGGUUUCCCUUAGCAAACAUUUACUUCGUCAGCAAAUGAGAAUUUUUACUUUGCUUUCAUGUACUAUACAAUUUUAACAUCGAUUACAAUUUACAACGGCGGUCACAAUGGUGUUUACGGUACUUUGCAUAAAGUGAUGGUAUCCACCUCUGAUGCUCAUCAUCAUCUUCAUCAGCCACGAUCAAUCCACUGCAAGAUUGAUCCUCAGUGCUCUUCUCGAUGUUUCUUAAGUACCUGGGCUGUAGACAGUGUGCACGGGUGAACAUCUUGUGUACAUUUUAGUGUCUCUGUUUUUUUUUAAAGCCGAGAACCAUCUAAGGUUCCAGAGGGCAGCCUUCUCAAAUGAGCGUACAGCACCCAUAACGUGUGAGUUGUGAUUGUCCAUAUUCAGCCAAAAUUGGCUGAAUUAUAUGGCAUAGUGAAAAUAAUUGUUUAUAUUCUGAUGUUGAAAUUUAUGACAAUCGAUUUUUUUUUCAGAAUCUUAAGACUUGAAACGUAAACGAUAAUUUCUUAAACUGUGAAAACAAAUGUUCCUUCAUGUUUGUUGUUGGAACACAAUGUUAAAGAUUAUGUGUUCAAUGUUCAUGCUUAUAUCAUUGUUAAGAUAAAUUACAAAUGUUUGUACUUUUCAAUCCUUUCAAAUCUAUAUUUGCCUUAAUUAUAUUACAGUUACAUAGAAAUCUUUUUCCAAUUCCAAAGCAGUGGAGCAAAUGGAAUGAGGCAAAACAGGGUCUACUUUCUAUAACAGUAUUCAGUGCUGCAUAAAUUAAAAGGAAAGAUAAAAUAUUGAUCUUUUCACGUAAAAAAUAUAUAGAUAAUUUGCUUGAAUUGUGGUAGUUUCAUGUUGUACAAGUUAUCUGCACAUCGAAUAGGGUUUCUUAAAUAGGAAAACUAAAUUCUAUGUGUGUCAUAGAAAGUUUAUAAAAAAAAAUGUUGACGAUCGUUUUUACUUUUUUAAGUAUACGAACACAGCUGCUAGCUCAAAGAAUUCAGUAUGAACAUAUGUUUAUGGAAUACGGAGCAUAUCUGCCAAAAUAAUUAUAUGUCUUUAUAUCAUGUCAAAUAGGCAAGGUGCACGAUUCCAAAGUGAUGUACACAUGAUUGAAAAGGUUUCCCUCUGGACUUUUGUGGAAUGCACGGCACUGCAUGAUGGCCUUCCCACUCUUGUCAGUCAUAAUGGUUAUUUGAAUGGAGGUGUCCCAAGACAAUUCGACAUCACUUGCCAUUAAUGUUAGCCAUAAACUGAAUCGAACUCAGGUUUCUGGGUUCGUAGCGCAAUGCGCUGAACACUGUAUCGCCGCUACACCCUGCAAAAAAAUCGCCAACUAAUAAGUAUAACCCGUAAAAACAAAGUUUUUCACUCUAAAUCCUUUAUAUGCGUGGCGGCCAGCGUCCUCUCGUCCUCUGGCUUGAGAUGGCUGCCACCUAUGGGUCAGAUGAUUGUCUGCCAGUAUUAAGCAAUUGGUAAUUAAAUAUUUAAUUUGUUUUCCCUAAACAGUGUAUAAUUUUGGAAUUUUUUUUUCACGAACAUUAAUUGUCUCGCACAACGAGUCUGUGUGCAAAAUGUCAGCUCGAUUGGGUCACGGGAAGUGGGUUAAAAAACGACCGAAAGGUUUGCACGGUCGUAAGCAAGCACGCAAGCGAACUUAAUAUAAAGGAUUUAAAAAUAGCAGAAAGUGUCCCUCCCUUGCCCCCCCCAUGAUCCCUGGCUAGAAGUAACGGUUGGGCUGAGCCCAGGUUACCUUGCUUGCUUUCACAUGAUUGCUAACUGCAGUGGCCAUGGAAGACGACCGCUUGCUUGUGGCAGCAAAUCGAUCACAUCGUACGGAUCGUUAAUGCUGCUGGUGUGGUGACGCAUUUGUUGCGUGAAGGCACCGGUGGUAACGGCGUGUUGCUAUUCACUGGCUCCGCACAUGCAAGCCAAAUGCUUAGAAUGUGCCGUACGUAUGUUAAUGUUAUUUUGAAAUUUUACUGAAAAAAUCUUAAGUUAUCUAUUCCCGCAGCUUAUCGAACAAUGUAUGUUAAUCCAUGUAAAUGAUGUAAGCUAAUUUCAACUUGUAAACUAUUUCACACUUGACACAGUUGGAUCUGUGUCGGAAACAAAGUGUGGGUUGUUUGUAAUUAAGCUGCUGCUGAGUGGGGGGUGGGUUUCCGGGAAACUCUAUCGACUCGAGCUGGCAUGUGUGAGGGCACGCAAUGUGCAGGUUGGCACAAACAGCCCCUGCACACACUAUAGUCAUGUCACUGAACGAUUAUAUUAUAGUGCAGCUGCACCGAGUUAUAAUUUGAACACCAUCUCGCCGGUGUGGGUUCUCACGUCACGUGGCCUGUGCACUGAAUUAUGGGCAUUUGCUCGUGGGAGGAAUGUUCUCAAUGCAUAAUUUUGAAUAAAAUGUGGUAAUUUAAAAAUAA